UCUGAGGAUCAGGAAAAGAUAUGUACGGAACUACUUUCUUUACAAGUCUUGAUAAAAUAGAAAGAGAGAUUAGUAGAAAUAUUUUGGACGAUAUUUAGUUCAUAUGACAUUAAGAUGUUAAAGGGCAGUGGGCUGUACAGAUGCUGUUGUCUGAUUUCUUGUCGGAAAAUACUGUUGACAUUCAUUGUUUCACUUUUCACCAUAGGAACUCUCAUUAAUGUUAGUAUGCACGUAAGUCCAAAUAUGGUCAUCAAUGAUAAUCGUCAAGAAAUCCUUGAUUGCCUAACAACUGGAUACUGGGUGGAGAAACGAGGGGCGACGCAAAGUUAUCACAAAAAGGACCUUAUUGAGUUUCUCGAAGGCACCAGGAGAACAUACAGUUACUCGAGACCCAAUCAGAGGUCAGAUUCAAAAUGUGGAAAUGUGACAAACGGUUCAGUACUUCGAGCGCUAUGUGACCCUGAAGGAUCCACACCUUGUUGCUAUAACAACAAAUGUGUCGCUAUGACAACCAAGGAGUGCAGGUGUCACCAAAAGUGUUUUGACAUACGUCAGGAGCUUCAUGCAGAAUUCCAUACAUGGAAGCCAGUUUUUAAUGAUGUUUGCAGUUUUAAAAUGCACACCACACAUGAGGCCUGCAAGUUAUUAACAGAGCGGGGAAUCGGGUAUAUCUCAAUAAUAGGAGACUCUCUACAGAGGAACAUAUACUCUGCACUAGUCAUGACAUUAUCAGAGGAUAGAUACAUCACCACUGAAUCAACAGAACCUCAGGAGAUAAGAGAAAGGUGCUCACGGAUGGGACAUUUUUCCGAAAAGGACUGCAACAUUCACCACCUGAAAAAUAACUUCCAUCAUGGAUUCGUCUGUGGCGGGGCCAUCCAUACUCAGUUUACUUACAUACACAAGGUGUACAAGCUCCCAUACGCCAUUUUAGAGGUUAUCAAAUUGUGGAUAUGGGAGGACUAUUACAAAAAUUCCAUUUUUCUAUUCAGCAUAGGGAUUCAUGAAGAUUUCAGUGUAAAUUAUGUCAUUGAUUAUUUUAUUCAACCAUUAUGUGCAUUCAUUAAUAGCCUUUGUGAGCAGGGCUGGUUGAAAGUCUUGUGGGUUACCCCCCAUUUACCCGGGGUCCUAAAACCACCAUUUCACCUUAAUCAACAAACAGAUGGAGUCAAAAGUUAUGUCGAAAAGACAAAUCAGGUUGUUAGAAAAUCGGGUAUUCCAAUUCUUAAUACUCACAAUCUGACUGCAGAUGUGUUUAGCUGGGAUGGUACACAUUAUGGACUAGGCCUAAAUGAAGUACUUGGGAACAUUGUCAUAAACUAUGUGAAGGCAAUUAAAAGCUAAUUUCUAAGUAAAAAAGGGGGAUUUUGUCAGGUUUUGUUUAUCAAUUAUGUUC